AUGGCGGACACUCCCGAGGGUCUGACCUUCAUUCCACCCGACACGCCUUUGAAGAAACCGGAGCUGGAUACCAUCGGAGAGGUCACCGCUGGCCGCCACAACGUUGACCUUGGGCAAGCCAGGACUGCCGACCUCGACAGUGACUCCGACAGUGACUCCGACAGUGACCUCGAGAGCAACGAUGAAUUGACGGAUGACGACGACGAUGCUGUCCUCGGCAAACGCAAUACCGGAUAUGGUAACAAGACCUUUAAAGACGACGAGGGGUCCGAGAUUGCCCUUCAAGCUAUCACGGUCACGCUCUCCCCCGAUCUGUCCUUCGCAAAAAUGAGGGAUCUACGCGACCGGUUCGUUCAAAAGCUUCAAGCUGUCAACAUCUCCAAGGCCAGCCGUCUCGUCAACUCGAAGGGCGAUAUCAUUGGCCGUAAAGGCUCUGUCGCAUUGAAGAUGGCCGGGAUACACCUCAAACCUGAAAUAAGCCGUUAUCAUCCUUGA